GUUUGAUAUUCUUGCUACGAAUUUUGCGAUGGAGAUGCUGUGAAAAAACGAUUUGUCGGGAAGUGAGACCAUUAUCGGAUUCAUCAAAUGAGUGCUGCUAAGAACAUGAUGUAAACCCUCGACUAAGAGAGGAUCGAAAGAGAUUGAACUGGUGGAAUCAAACGCACAGACCCUGAAUUCUCUGCGCGAAAAAACUAUCGAAGAAUGGGAACUUUUCCGGUUUCAUCAUCAAGAAUCUUCUCUUCGAGAUUCAAUCAAAUCCCCAAUUCAGUUCACUCGUUUAUCCAUCCUGUUAAACCCUAUAAUUUCACUUCAAAUUCUCAACAUCAUCGUCCUGGUCAAUUUAGCCUUACUACUAGCAAUCCUGUGUGUUUAUGUUUGAAGUCGAGAUUAUCAUGCCGCAGUACCACCACAAAAGCAGUGCUAUCAGAAAUCUCUUAUCAGAAUCUGACAUACUCCAAGAUCGGUGCAUCAUCAACCGGUCCAAUUCCAUCUGCCCAGCUCCUCGAAAGCGUCGAAAUCGCUGCCAAAACCGGUGCCGAGGUUGUGAUGGAAGCUGUAAAUAAGCCUAGAAACAUCAGCUAUAAAGGACUCACUGAUUUGGUUACCGACACAGAUAAAAUGAGCGAGGCAGCCAUUCUUAAUGUUGUAAGGAAGAAUUUCCCAGAUCAUCUUAUUCUAGGGGAAGAAGGAGGUGUCAUUGGAGACUCAUCUUCUGAUUAUCUUUGGUGCAUAGACCCUUUGGAUGGGACAACAAAUUUUGCUCAUGGGUAUCCAAGCUUUGCAGUCUCUGUAGGAGUGCUUUUCAAAGGAAAGCCUGCAGCUGCUGCUGUGGUAGAGUUUGUUGGAGGUGCCAUGUGUUGGAACACACGCACAUUUUCUGCGGUUUCAGGUGGAGGUGCAUUUUGUAAUGGGCAAAAGAUUCAUGUUAGUCAGACUGAUAAGGUUGAACGAUCUCUACUGGUGACCGGGUUUGGAUACGAACAUGAUGAUCCAUGGGCUGCCAAUAUGAAUUUAUUCAAAGAAUUUACAGACAUCAGUCGGGGUGUGAGAAGAUUAGGUGCAGCUGCUGUGGAUAUGUGCCACGUGGCUCUGGGCAUUGUAGAAGCAUAUUGGGAGUUUCGUCUCAAGCCGUGGGAUAUGGCUGCUGGUGUUUUGAUAGUUGAAGAAGCUGGUGGGACAGUUUCUUGCAUGGAUGGUGGAAAAUUCACUGUGUUUGACAGAUCGCUCUUGGUUUCAAAUGGUGUAUUGCAUGCUAAGCUUUUGGAGAAAAUUGGUGCUGCUACAGAGGAACUUAAAGGCAAGGGAAUUGAUUUCUCUUUAUGGUACAAGCCAGAUGAUUAUAACACAGAAUUAUAAUUAACAUAAAAGACUAAUACGCCUUAUUGUUGUUAUUUGUUCGUUUUAAUUUUCUUUUUUAUUUAUUUACUUUUGACUGCAUCGUAGAGUUAUAAGCAAAUUAUAUUUUGUACUUUUUCUUGUCCUCCUAUGUAUACUACUUUAUAUCUAUCAAUAAGCAUAC